GUCACUUUUGUUCCGUCGGUCUAAAAAUAAUGGUAGUUUGAUUAAAUAGUGAUAAAGUAUUUCACAAAGUGUAAAAUUGAUUUGCAUUAUAAGUGCGUCACCUAAUUAUCGGUGCAAUUGAAAAAAAAUGGGUCGUGGUAGACCGAAGCGGGAAAAUCCCAGUAACGGGGACGCGCCGGCAGCUAAAGUAGCUCGCAGUACCACCAAAUUCGAACUUCCCCUUCCCGUGCUGCCGAAACCAUGCGGAAAUGUUCUCUCGUGCGGCCAGGGAGAAGUGGGCCAGCUCGGCCUGGGCGAGGAUGUCAUGGAAAAGACGCGGCCGGCUUUGAUCGAUAGCUUGAAGGACAUCGUGGAGAUAUCGGCCGGCGGCAUGCACAAUCUGUGCCUGAACCGAAAGGGGGAGGUGUUCUCGUUCGGAUGCAACGACGAAGGUGCCCUGGGACGGGCCACAGCCGACGAAGAAGGUUCGGAAUUCGAACCGCGAAAAAUCCAGCUGCCGGCACCGUGUUUGAAGAUUUCCGCCGGCGAUUCACAUUCCGCUUGCCUGCUCAACGAUGGACGCGUCUACGCUUGGGGAUCGUUCCGGGAUUCACACGGUAACAUGGGCCUAACGUUGGAGGGAAACAAACGCCUUCCGGUCGAGGUGGUUCCCGGCCUUAAAUCAGUGGACAUUGCCUCAGGUGGAGACCACUUGGUGAUCCUCAGCGAAAACGGUCACGUGUACACGGUUGGUUGCGCCGAACAGGGCCAACUCGGACGUAUCUCUACCCGGGCCGCUUCCGGAGAAUCUCGACGUGGUAAAACCGAUCUGCUGCAGCCCGGUGUGGUCACGCUGCGCGGCAAAAAAGUCUUAGCGGAUGCAAUCUGGGCAUCUACCUAUUGCACUUUCUUCAGAGACCGCAACACGGCCAAGAUCUUUGCCUUCGGGCUGAACAACUAUUGCCAGCUGGGCAUUCCGAAUCCAAGCGAAAAUGUCGUUAAGCCGGUAUUCGUACCGGAGCAGACGGGCUUCACCGAAGUGAAAGCCAUCGCCGGAGGACAACAUCACACGUUGGUUCUGAAGACCGACAACAAAGUACACGUCAUUGGCCGAAAAGAAUACGGCCGCCUUGGCCUGGGCAAUGUGACGGAAGAUGCCAAAACUGUGACCCCCGUUGAAGCCUUGGCAGAUAAGAACGUGGUCGAGAUUUGCUGUGGAGAAAGUGCAUCUUUUGCCGUGACUGACAGCGGAGAAGUUUACGCAUGGGGAAUGGGCUCGAAUCAGCAGCUGGGAACCGGAAAGGAGGAUGAUGAAAUCACACCGACUCUCAUCAAUAGCAAACAAGUGCAAGGCAAACGGAUUCUCAAGGUGUCCAGCGGGGGCCAGCACAGUUUGUUCCUCGUUGAAGAGAAACCCACAAAGGAACCCACCCCUGUGCCAGUAGCUAAGCCUACCGCAAAAGCUACCAAAAAGACCAAGGAAGCCGACUCCACCGCCGACGAAUCGGUUCCGGAAGUAGAGGACAAGCCUAAAACGAACGGGGCCUCCACUUCAGCUGCGAAGAAGCCGGAAACGAACGGCAAGACCGAGCAGGAGGAGGAACCCCAAAAGGAAAGUAGUGAGACUGAGGCAGUAGCUGCCGAGCCCGAGAAAAAGCCAGCCGGCCGGGGACGCAAGCGAAAACUGUGAACGCGCACCGAAAGAAGUCGGACAUGACCUCUUUUCGGGACUAGUUAGACCUGUUCAGUACUAGGGAUUUUAUAGGUUUAGUUAGAAACAAUUACGUAAUGAUAGAACUAAGUGUUUAGUUUUGUGAAACAAUCAUUUUAUCAUCUCAUGGUACCGUCUCGCAUUCGACGAUGUUCGUUCUGUAUUACUCUUUUUCUUUCCGUUGAUUUAUAUCCGUUUCCUAUUACUUUAAUACCAGUGUUACUGUUCUACUUCAUUAACCGUGUGUUACCGUUCGGUAACACAGAUAACAGAAAGACAAUUAUUUGAUGAAAAAUAGAACAAACGGUGACGUACAUUCGUUAUAAGGAAUACAAAAAACCUAAAAUUAAUUUAUUAAAAUCAUUACUAUUCAAAAAACGUUAAAAUAAAAUCUUGUCAAACAUGA